AUGGUUAGUCCAACAACUUCACAACCCGAGUCUCAUGUCGCCCUCGCUCCAGUCGCCAACGUCGAUCUGCCUAAACCCCCCAAUAAACUUGCUGCCGAAAUAACCGAAAAAGAAACCGAAGCAGAGAACGUCACCAAUGGGAUCAUCGCCGAAGAGAACGACAGCGACGAAAAGGAUGAUGAUAGAAAAACCUGUGAGGAUUAUAGAGAUGAAAGCGAUACGAAAGAAGAUACUGGUACUAACAGUGAGAUUUCUCAUAAAAACAUCCUUAUCGAUAGUAUUACUUCCAAAGAUAACAUUCCUUCCACAACCUCAAAGUCUGAUUCCAAACUUUCAUCACCCAUUUCCUCCCCUACUUUCUCCUCCACUUCUUCUUCUUUUAAUUCCUCAUCCGAUCAAUCAUCAACGACCCCUAACCCUACGUCGCCAAAAAACUUCACCUCAGCGCCUAUUCCCACCGUUAAU